CUGCAGUAAAGCGACUGAUCAGCAUCCUGUAUCCCUCCACUACCAGACAGACAGCACAAUGAAAGGCGACACACCAGUGAACAGCACUCUGAGUGUGGGACAAGCAAGAAAAAUGGUGGAGCAGUUGAAGAUCGAAGCAUCCAUGUGUCGCAUAAAGGUCUCUAAGGCAGCUUCAGAUCUUAUGACAUUCUGCGAUGCUCACGCUUGUGAAGAUCCUCUUAUAACUCCAGUGCCCACCUCGGAAAAUCCUUUCAGAGAGAAAAAGUUCUUCUGUGCCCUCCUCUGACACCUCUGUUCACUGAGGCACACACCCUUUGACUGGGCUACUGGCACCAUUCCCCAAAUCCUUCUACUGAAAUCCCCUGGUCCUACUGACUCUCCUCUCCACCGUUCGCGUGGUUUUAAUGCUGUUUCCUUUCCUAAUUAAGGACAGGGAGGUUGGUAAAAACAUACCCCUUCCUAUCAAAGACAAGGGGAUUGUUGGAAUCUUUCACCUGUUCUGUUCUUUUUCCUGCCCUGGGUUGUGGGAAUGUUCACAUCAGUAUUUAUUUGUAAACUGAAACAGUGAUUAAUAAAUAUUGCCAAAAAAACA